GUCGCAUCGCACGCCAUCAGCAGCUAGCGCGCUCCUCGAGCCCAGCAGAGAAAGGCCGGCCUACCCACUCUCUCUCUCUCUCUCUCCAGUCUCCACCGGCAGCGCUAAUCGUAAUAGCCAUGGGCUCCACCGCCGGCGACGUGGCCGCGGUGGUGGACGAGGAGGCGUGCAUGUACGCGAUGCAGCUGGCGUCGUCGUCCAUCCUGCCCAUGACGCUGAAGAACGCCAUCGAGCUGGGCCUGCUGGAGGUGCUGCAGAAGGAGGCCGGCGGCGGCAAGGCGGCGCUGGCGCCCGAGGAGGUGGUGGCGCGGAUGCCCGCGGCGCCCGGCGACCCCGCCGCCGCGGCGGCCAUGGUGGACCGCAUGCUCCGCCUGCUCGCCUCCUACGACGUCGUCCGGUGCCAGAUGGAGGACCGGGACGGCCGGUACGAGCGCCGCUACUCCGCCGCGCCCGUCUGCAAGUGGCUCACCCCCAACGAGGACGGCGUGUCCAUGGCCGCCCUCGCGCUCAUGAACCAGGACAAGGUCCUCAUGGAGAGCUGGUACUAUCUCAAGGACGCGGUGCUGGACGGCGGCAUCCCGUUCAACAAGGCGUACGGGAUGACGGCGUUCGAGUACCACGGCACGGACUCGCGCUUCAACCGCGUGUUCAACGAGGGCAUGAAGAACCACUCGGUGAUCAUCACCAAGAAGCUGCUGGACUUCUACACGGGCUUCGAGGGCGUGUCGACGCUGGUGGACGUGGGCGGCGGCGUGGGCGCCACGCUGCACGCCAUCACGUCCCGCCACCCGCACAUCUCCGGGGUCAACUUCGACCUGCCGCACGUCAUCUCCGAGGCGCCGCCGUUCCCCGGCGUGCGCCACGUGGGCGGGGACAUGUUCGCGUCCGUGCCCGCCGGCGACGCCAUCCUCAUGAAGUGGAUCCUCCACGACUGGAGCGACGCGCACUGCGCCACGCUGCUCAAGAACUGCUACGACGCGCUGCCGGAAAAUGGCAAGGUCAUCGUCGUCGAGUGCGUGCUGCCGGUCAACACGGAGGCCACCCCCAAGGCGCAGGGCGUCUUCCACGUCGACAUGAUCAUGCUCGCGCACAACCCCGGCGGCAAGGAGCGGUACGAGCGCGAGUUCCGCGAGCUCGCAAAGGGCGCCGGCUUCUCCGGGUUCAAGGCCACCUACAUCUACGCCAACGCCUGGGCCAUCGAGUUCAUCAAGUGAACCACCGUCGCCGCGAUGAGAUGGCAUGGCUGCCACAUGCUUUGCUUGCUUGGUCCUCGUAUCGUACGUCGCCGUCGUCGUCUUCUUCUGGUUAUUGCGCUGCUACCUCGCUGCUCUCGCGUAUGCAUGUACUUUUGCUUAAUUUUCUUUCUUCAUAUCAUGCACUCUGGCUGGCCUAGACUGCCCCCGAUCCAUGGUGGCCGGUACGUCUUGUCGAGCUCUUGCAUGUCGUGGAUUCUAAAUUCUUCUUCUGCGUCGAAUUGUCUCUGCCAUGUGCGAGUAAUAACAAUCAAGGUUAUACUUA